AUGUCGGGACAGUCGCUGACGGACCGGAUCGCCGCGGCGCAGCACAGCAUGACCGGCUCCGCCAUCAGCAAGGCGGUGUGCAAGGCCACGACGCACGAAGUCAGCGGACCCAAGAAGAAGCACCUUGACUACCUGAUCCACUGCACCAAUGAGAUGAACGUCAGCAUCCCCCACCUGGCGGACACACUGCUGGAGCGCACAGCCAGUAACAGCUGGAUAGUGGUUUUCAAAGCGCUCAUCACCACACACCACCUCAUGAUGUACGGCAACGAGAGAUUGAUGCAGUACCUUGCCUCCAGAAACACGCUCUUCAACCUCAACAACUUUCUAGAUAAGGCUGCACUACAAGGUUACAACAUGUCAACUUUCAUCAGACGGUACAGCCGCUACCUGAAUGAAAAAGCCAUGUCUUACAGAAUAGCAGCGGUGGACUUCACUAAGAUGAAGAGAGGGGCGGAAGGUGUGAUGCGCACCAUGAACACAGAGAAGCUGAUUAAGACUCUGCCUAUCAUUCAGAACCAGCUGGAUGCACUGCUGGAUUUCCAGCCCAACUCCAACGAGCUGACCAACGGAGUCAUCAACACAGCUUUCAUGUUGCUCUUCAAAGAUUCCAUACGGUUGUUUGCUGCUUAUAACGAAGGGGUCAUCAACAUGCUGGAGAAAUACUUUGACAUGAAGAAGAAUCAGUGCAAAGAAGCCCUGGAGAUCUACAAGACCUUCCUCAACAGGAUGACCAAACUGUCCGAGUUUCUCAAAGUGGCUGAGCGAGUUGGGAUAGAUCAGGGCGACAGCCCCGAUCUCACACAGGCUCCCAGCUCUCUCCUGGAGGCUCUGGAGCAGCACCUAGCUUCUCUGGAGGGCAGGAAGCUCAAGGACCUGUCCGCGGCCAGCAGAUCCAGCAACAUGUCCAGCACAGUGUCCUCUCUCUCCAGCACUGGGAUCUCUCUCAGCCGCAUGGACGACAAGACAGAGGACAACAGGCUGCAGCAACACAAGGAGGACGGCCAUAAGGGGAUCGACGCUCAGACGCCCAACGUGUCCCCCGGCACCCAGUCAGUGGGAAGUGCCAACAGCAGCGGAGGGGCCACAGAUCUCUACUGCAACUCCCCCAUCGUACCCAUCAACAACCAUGUGCCAAAUCUGACCAGUGAGCUGUUCACCCUGCAGCCAAACUUCACCCACAUCCAGACCACACACACUGUGCCCAACAAUAACAAUGCCUGGGGAGGUGACCUGCUGAAGCCAAACCAUCACAGUCAGAUACACAGCCCAGGAGCCCAGUUGUACUCUGGGAAAAUGCUGCACAAUGAUUUGGAUUCUUCAUUAGCCAACCUCGUUGGUAACCUGCAGUUUGGGGGAACGCCAGCGAAAAAGCCGGAGCUCCAGUGGAGUCAGCUGGUGGAGAAGAAGCCAACAGGAGGAAGUAGCUGGCAGUCAAAGACAAUGUGCACCAGCACCAACUGGACUCACACCGGCCAUCCCAUGGCACCUGCCCCCAUGCCCGUCCCUCAGAUGAAUGGGAUGAUCUAUACUGGCUACGCUCCAGCACCAGUGGCUUUUCCUAUGACGUCACCCCAAGUGCCUAUGUAUGGAAUGCUCCCUCCUCAGAUGAGCCAUCAGAUGGGGGGUGUUCCCAUGAUGCCCCCACAGCAUGUCAUGUACAACCAGCCGGUCCUGAGACCUACCAAUCCCUUCGGACACAUCCCGGGGACACAGAGCUAUUUUCCUCUGCAGAUGCACUUCAUGUAG